CUCUGACUGGUUCUCUCCCAGAACGGCGUCCGGAGCUGAAGGGAAGAGAACCAUGGCGCAGCUCCUCCGCUGACUCCCAUCGGGGGAAGACCUGGGACUGGAGGGCGAAGGGACGUCGGGGGCUGAAUGCGGGGCCGCUGGGUCGGUAGCGACGAGGCGCUGCUGCUGCUGCGGCGGCUCUGGUGCGGGUUGCUGCGGCAGCGGCAGAGUGAAGCGCUCGCCUCCCUUCGCUUCAGCCCCCGGUCUGCCUCCUCCGGCCCUUCCGACCUCCGAGAGGGGAGACCCGCCGCCGCGGAGAGAUGAAGAACAUUGAAGUUGAAGAACAAAUGAGCAGCUGGCUCUUCAAACAGCUUAAACUCCAUUUGGAUCAGGAACGGAAAUACCAACCCAGGGAAAAGGGGCUGAGUCUCAUUGAGUGCACUACUGAGAAUGAAAACACCUUAUGCCCAAGACUGAGGAAUGCAAAAGUGGAAGAUCUCUGGAGUUUGGUCAACUUCUUUGGAUUUGCCACAGAAACCUUUGUCCUGGCUGUCAACAUUCUUGACAGGUUUUUGGCACUCAUGAAGGAAAGAGCUGUUGAAUCUCGACAAACUGGAAGCACAACUUAAAGCUUGUAACUGCCGACUUGUUUUUUCAAAAGCGAAACCAUCCAUUUUGGCCCUGUGCCUUCUCUCUCUGGAAGUGCAGACGCUGAAAUCCAUCGAGUUGUUUGAGAUUCUUCUGUGUGUUCAGAAGCAGUCCAAGGUAAGAGAGAGCAGAACUCAUUAACCCUUCCUCCAGCCAUCCUGUGUACACCUUUGGGGGAGAAAAAAUAAUAGAGUUGAUUCGGAAAUAAAUGUUUAUUUUUUAAACUCUAGAGAGGAAAACGCCCCUCCUAUUUUGAAGGUAGAUUAUUUGGGGAGAAAUUGUAUCUUCCUGGAGCAUAAAUAAUUCCUGACUUAUUCAUAGAAGAUAGACUUUUCCCCAUUCACCUUGGGAAAAUGCAUGUUCCUGCAGCACUCUGCUCGCCGAAAAUGGGCUGCAUGGAGGCCCUGUGUGGCCCAUUUUCGGUUGGCUGAGGGCUGCAGGAGGACUGGAGUAGACUGGAUUACAAUUAUGUGGCCUCACGUAAGUGCCUGAUCUGGAUAGAAAACAAGCAACAUCCUAUGAUAAUACUACAGUUUUAAUACCAGAUU